AUGAAGUUCGUAGUUUCUGUAUUUGUACUAGCUCUGGUAGCAGUUGCACUUGGGGAUAAGCCUCACUACGAUGUAAAUAACGCUCCUGCCCUUUUUGAAAAAUAUAUUAAAGACUACAACAAGAGUUACAAGGAUGCAGCUGACAGAGAAGUACACUAUCAGGCCUUUGUGAAAAGCUUGCAAGAAAUUAACGAAGCUAAUGCCAGACCCUCUGGCACUAUAUACGAUCUAAACAACUUUUCCGAUUACACCCCGGAAGAACAACAAAAGAUGCGUGGUUUGUUGAUCCCAGCUCUGGUAGCAGUUGCACUUGGGGAUAAGCCUCACUACGAUGUAAAUAACGCUCCUGCCCUUUUUGAAAAAUAUAUUAAAGACUACAAUAAGAGUUACAAGGAUGCAGCUGACAGAGAAGUACACUAUCAGGCCUUUGUGAAAACUUUGAAAGUAAUUAACGAAGCUAAUGCCAGACCCUCUGACGCUACAUACGAUCUUAACAACUUUUCCGAUUACACCCCGGAAGAACAACAAAAGAUGCGUGGUUUGUUGAUCCCAGGAAAUUACUAA